AUGUCUCGCGCAUUUCUGGAGAGGUGCCCAAGAAGACACCUUGUUAUACAUAUGGACAUCAACAAAACAAUUAUUCAAGUAGAUUCCGCUGGUGGAAGAACUAUGGAGGAUGUUCUUAACAGCAACAUCGCAGCGAAUGUCUUUGGAACCCAAGUAGGGGAAAAGUGGGUGCCCAAACUGGGUCCUCACGAUUCUGGGGAUCGUUCCGACUUGAUGACUUUUGAUGAAUUUGUUGAUAAUAUGCAUUCUGAGCCACCGGGUAUGCAGGAACUUCCCAAAUCUGAAAAGGAUUUUAUUUGGCGGAACAUUUCGGAAAAGCGGAGGUCUAUAUUACGCACAUUUACCCAUGAAGGACAACCAGGAGAAAAAUAUAAGCAUCAUAUUGAUGAACAAAAGGCGGUAUUAACAUCGGCACCUGAUUGCUCCAUUAUACCUUCCUUUUUUAAAUUUGUUAAUGUACUUUCUGAACUUAAUUGGUCUUUUACUCUGAUAUUCAGAACUUUUGGAAACGAUUUGGCGAAUGUACUCAAAGAGUGGAAAAGAUUUGUUUUUGGGGAACAUUUUUAUAAACCUCGGGGAGCUAUCCUUAAACAUAUGAAGGAAAACUACGUCCCUGAGGCAACAGGGUGUAUAUUCCGUGAGAAUGACAAGUUAUUUUUUUGCCUAGGUCCAGAUAAAGCUGCUAUGGUGUGCCAACCUGAGGGUACAGAGACAUUGCCUGUGGUCGAGAUAUUGUCACAGUUGUCAAGAAUGCCUUCCUGUAAGAAAGUUUAUGAAACAAAUUUUACUUUACUCCAUAAUCAGCUUUUGGAAUAUGCUGCUGCAACAAAUAAUAUUGCGGGACUUGUAGACUAUUAUCCUUUUUGGGCGCAAGGAGCUGAACGUCGUAGCGGUGGAAAAGUUUUUCCAGUGCACAUUAGACCUUCAACAUCUCUUGUAGAACCUCUCUUUUACAUCUUUUUUGAUGAUAAUAUCUUUAUUGGAAAUGAGAGAUCUAUUGUAGACAUGAGAGAUGCCGCAACAGGAGAGAGCAUCGUAGAUAGCAUAACAGAGGAGAAAUACUGUGUUGCAGCUAACCCAUACAAGGCUAUUGUGGAUGAAGAUUAUUUUGUGAAUUCUCUAGCAGAAAAAAUUAGGUUGCAAUUGGAGUGA